AUGGACACCUUCAAAACUGGCAUUGGCUACAUAGCUAGCCAGGCAGUUGCACAAUAUCCCCAGUUAUCCCAACCAAAACUCCUCAAUUCUCCGAGUUCCUCAAAUUUGCCUACUGCGGUUACUGCUAAUUUCCCUUGGCACUUCACUAAACAAACCCUAAUAUCCCCUACCCACCACCUCGACAUUGCCUCUCCCUCCCACCCACCCACCUCGUCAUCCCUCUCCCUUCCUCCUUUCCAUCGCUGCUCUCCCCGCCAUCCACUCUCUAUCCCUCCCAUCCCGCCGUCGCCGCUCCCUCCUACCCGCUGUCGCCGCUCCCUUCCUCCCCCCGUCUCUGCUCCCUCCUCCCGCCGUCGCCGCUCCCUCCCACCCGCCAUCGCCGCUCCCUCCUCCCACCGUCGCCGCUCCCACCUCCCGCCGUUGCCGCUCCCUCCCUCCCGCCGUCGCCGCUCCCUCCUCCCGUCUUCGCCGCUCCCUCCUCCCGCCUUCGCCGCUCCCUCCUUCCGCCGUCGCCGCUCCCUCCCUCCCGCCGUCGCCUCUCCCUCCUCCCCGCCGUCGCCGCUUCCUCCCUCCCGCCGUCGCCUCUCCCUCCUCCCGCCAUCGCCGCUCCCUCCUCCCGUCGUCGCCGCUCCCUCCCUCCCGCCGUCGCCGCUCCCUCCUUCCGCCGUCGCCGCUCCCUCCCUCCCGCUGUCGCCUCUCCCUCCUCCCGCCGUCGCCGCUCCCUCCCUCCCGCCGUCGCCUCUCCCUCCUCCCCGCCGUCGCCUCUCCCUCCUCCCCGCCGUCGUCGCCGCUCCCUCCCUCCCGCCGUCGCCGCUCCCUCCUCCCGCCGUCGCAGCUCCCUCCCUCCCGCCGUCGCCUCUCCCUCCUCCCGCUGUCGCCGCUCCCUCUUUGCCUCUCCCUCCCAUCCCCGCCGUCGCCCCUCCCUCUCACUUCGCCGUCGUCUCAGGCGACAGGGUGCUGGUGCCGUGGGCGCUUGCGCCAUUGGCACGGGCGCCGUGGGCGCUGGUGCCUUGCGCGUGA